AUGUCGAGUUCCCCGUACCUCGUUCAAGCUUCGAACGAAGUCGAGCCUGAGCCUCGGGUUACAGUAUGCAGUCAUAUUGACACAAUCAAUGUAUUGAAAGACCCAAGUACCGGUACCAGAUGUUCAAAGAGUUUGAUUAUGGGAACAAAAUACCAGUACCGGCACGGUGAGACCGUCGACAAUGUUGCUGGCGUAUAUGCCGGCAUUACAGACUCCGCACUAACAAACCAUGGUGUGUUGCAAGCCAAUCGACUAGGUACUCAUCUCGCAUGUUGGAAAAUCUCGAACAUAUUUUCUUCAGAUCUUCAACGUGCUGUAAAAACUGCAGAAGCCAUUCGUGCUGCUCAAGACAAUGGCACAGCUCUUGAAAUAGCCAAGCUUGACCUUCUUCGAGAACAAGACUUUGGUUACUACGAAAAGAAAACUUUCCAUGAGCGUUCGAAAGAUCAAAUCAAGAGUGGCAAAGAAACAUAUUUCAAAGCACACCGAAACAGACCUGAAUUCAAAGAUGUGGAGUCAAAGGAGUCGAUGAAGGGGCGGAUGGAGACCUUUGUCAAAGAGCAUCUGAUGCACUUUCUCGACAACAAUGACAACAGUCCGAAUGAUCAUGCUAUCGUCAUUGUGGCACAUGGAAUCAUACUAGGCUAUUUGUGGCGAGUCAUUCUAAGGCAAUUCAGCCCGAAGAAUAUCUCGAUUGGCCCUGAUGUUCCAAAUCUUGAGCGUGGGCUAGAAUAUCUUGGUGUGUGGUCCAAUACUGGCUACCUAGAUUCGGAUAUCAUGUCUAUUCAACAUCUGUCGCCAGCCAAAGUUGGUUCGGUGUCUCCAGUCUUGGAUGAACAACAAUCAGAUGACCAAAUUACCAUGGGCCUAUCAAGUGGUGAAAAUGAGCAUUCCGAGGUUCCUUUGGAUGAUCAAGCAAAUAUUCAAAAUUCGUUGAAGCUAUCACAGCAUCGUCUUGGUAAUUUUGUGGUGGUAAUGUCACUUGUGGUGAAGUCUGUUAAUAAUCAGGAUCAUCUUCGAGGGCUCAAGAAAACCCGAGGUGGAUUGGGAAGUCUGAAACAUGACUCUACCCAAAAAACAAUGGAUUCGUUCUUCAAGAAGAGGAAGCUUGGAUGA